AUGGACCUGUUCGUGCAGAUGGCCAUCAUCAUGGGUCUGAAGCAGACGCUCAGCAACUGCAUAGAGUACCUGACCCCGUGGCUGGCCCACAAGUGCCGCUCCCUGCGGGGCAGCGAGGCCCGGGACCCCGAGCUGAGGGACUGGCAGCGCAACCACCGCCUGAACCGCGUGCACACCUUCAGCCUGUUCGACGAGUUCAUGGAGAUGAUGAUCCAGUACGGCUUCACCACCAUCUUCGUGGCCGCCUUCCCGCUGGCCCCGCUGCUGGCGCUCUUCAGCAACCUCGUGGAGAUCCGCCUGGACGCCAUCAAGAUGGUGCGGCUGCGGCGGCGCCUGGUGCCUCGUAAGGCCAAGGACAUCGGGACCUGGCUGCAGGUGCUGGAGACCAUCGGCGUGCUGGCGGUCAUCGUCAACGGGAUGGUCAUCGCCUUCACGUCCGAGUUCAUCCCCCGGGUGGUGUACAAGUACCGCUACGGCCCCUGCCGGCCGGGCAGCCGCUCCACAGCCGACUGCCUCACCGGCUACAUCAACCACAGCCUGUCCGUGUUCCACACCCAGCACUUCCGGGACCCGGGCCGGAUAAAGGGCCCCGAGAACAUCAGCAUCACCGAAUGCAGGUACCGGGACUACCGCAACGCUCAGGACUACAACUUCUCGGAGCAGUUCUGGAUCCUGCUGGCCGUCCGCCUGGCCUUCCUGAUUCUGUUCGAGCACGUGGCGCUGUGCAUCAAGCUUGUGGCCGCCUGGUUCGUGCCGGACGUGCCGCAGUCGGUGGAGAACAAGGUGCUGGAGGACAAGUAUGACGAGCUCCGGGACCGGAUGUGGAGCGGGGGCCCCCGGUGGGCGGCCACCGCCCCCUCCAGCUCCAGCCUCAAGAGCACGGACGUGUGA